UCGCGCUAAGGCGUUAUUGUUUCUCUCUCUGGCUCGAGCGCGUGAUUUCGCCUCUCGACUUCUGACAGGAAUUUAAAUUAAAAAUAAAACCUGAAUAAACAGCGAGAAAGACAUGGCAGGAGGCAAGGCUGGAAAGGACAGUGGCAAAGCCAAGGCGAAAGCAGUCUCUCGCUCCCAGAGAGCUGGCUUACAGUUCCCGGUGGGUCGAAUCCACAGGCACUUGAAGACCCGCACUACAAGCCAUGGGCGCGUGGGAGCGACCGCUGCGGUGUACAGCGCCGCCAUUCUGGAGUACCUGACUGCGGAGGUGUUGGAGUUGGCAGGGAACGCCUCCAAAGAUCUGAAGGUGAAGCGCAUCACUCCUCGUCACUUGCAGCUCGCCAUCCGCGGAGAUGAGGAGUUGGAUUCUCUCAUCAAGGCUACCAUUGCUGGAGGAGGUGUGAUCCCGCACAUCCACAAGUCUCUAAUUGGGAAGAAGGGGCAGCAGAAGACUGCAUAGAGAAGCUCUUUCCUGCACUGUGCGGUCCUCCUCCUGUCAGCGUGCUGGAGCUGGGACAGAAAUAGUAGAGUAGGGAUAAUUGGGAUUAUUAAUUUUUUUUUUUUGAGAAGCGGUUUAAAGAAAGGAAAGAUUGUUUUUAGAUUUUGCGUUUGUAAUACAAGUAAAAAGAAAAAAAAACAAAAUUUGUACGUUCCUUUUUAGAUUUUAAGUUUGACAACAAAAAACAGAAAAGGGGUUGGGUGGGUGGGUGUGGGAAAGGGAAUGUAAAUUUGUUGGUAAAUUUGUGCGGCAGCAAUUGUGUGUGUUAUGAUUGGCUGGGGUUUCAACAGUGUUUUAUACAGAA